AUGGUAAUUUAUAACACCCUCUGGCGGGCAAAAAUUGUUCAUUAUGGUUCCAUAAGUUUGAUUACAGAACCAUGCAAGUUAGCCCAUAUUGCAGCAGCAAAAGCUGCAAAAGAUGCUGGUGUGAUUUGGUCUUACGACCCCAAUCUGAGGCUGCCAUUGUGGUCAUCUGCCGAGAGUGCCAGAGAAGGAAUUUUGAGUAUAUGGGAGAUCGCUGAUAUUAUUAAGAUAAGUGAAGCAGAGAUAUCAUUUUUAACACAAGGGGAGGAUCCAUAUGAUGAUGCUGUUGUUCGUAAAUUGUUUCAUCCAAAUCUUACUUUGCUCCUUGUCACUGAAGACCCAGACGGUUGCAGGUAUUACACGAAGGAGUUCAGUGGCAGAGUUAAAGGUUUAAAGGUGGAUGCGGUGGACACCACAGGAGCCGGAGAUGCUUUUGUAGCUGGAAUCUUAUCAGAACUAGCUGCUGAUGUCUCAUUGUGUUGAUGAGAUUCGAGAUUUGAUAUGGACGGGUUUGGUAAUUUGGAGGGCCGAUGGUAGAAUAUGGACGUGUUUAAUCCGCCCUUGAUAUUUUAUUUUUAUUAAUAUUAGUAGACAUGUUUUUUGUUGGAUAUUAGGAGAUGUGUUUCGUAAUCUGCAUACGGUUGAUAUUAUAUUUUUGUGGAUAUUAGUAGACAUG